AUGGGAGCCACGAGACCAAAUGAAAAAAGCACUGUUAUUACAUAUUUUUUAUGGUUUUUUUUCGGAUUAUUUGGCGGUCAUCAUUUUUAUUUGGAAAGAGAUAUUCAUGCUUUUUUAACAUGGUCCACUAUAGGUGGUGGUUUCGGAGUUGGAUGGUUGAGAGAUUUAUUUUGUUUGAAAAGAUAUAUAGGUGAAGCAAACAACGAUGAAAAUUAUCUCAAACAACAUAUUAGUCGUAUGAAAUCGAAUGGAAAACCUCCAUUUUCUGUUACUCGUUUUUUGGGAAUGUUAUUUUUCGGUUAUUAUUUCGGAUCGUUGGUCAGAUAUGCUAUUCCACCUGAACCUAUAAACGGUUUCGAUUUGAAUUUUUUAACCAUUUUAGUACCUCUGGCUAAUGCUAUAGGAGUUUGGUUGGUGGGAAAUAUUGGUAAAGAAAAAGGAUCAAUAUGGUGGUCACUAGCAGCUGCAUAUGCAGUUUAUCCAUUUUCAAUGUAUUUAGAAGAUGAAACAACAUGGUUUUCGCUCAUGAGUGUCGCAUCGUCAUUGGCAUUCGAUCAUCUAUCAAAAGAAUGGAGAAGAAAACCUAGAAAAAAACGUGAUAUGAUUCAUCGUGUAACAAUUCUCUCGACAUGUGGAUUCAUUUAUCUCACUCUCUUGUGUAGUUUUAUAUUUUUCAAUGGAAAACUAACAGAUAGCGAUGGAGAAGAAAUUCCAAUACAAGAAGCAUUCACACAUUUUUUCACAUCUCCUUGGUGGGUCGAUUUAAAUCAAUGUUUGUACGACACAUACAUAUUCGCUCAACAUCACGGUUUCUACGAAAUAUGGCAACAAAUAAUUGACUUGUCAGAUCCGCAUGGGGAAAUCAACGCGUAUAAAGUAUUAGGAGUCGAUUUGACAUCUUCCCAAUCGGAAAUCACGUCAAAAUGGAGAGCUCUAUCGAAAGAAUUUCAUCCAGAUAAAGUGAAAAAUCCAGAUUUGAAAGCGGCUGCACAAAAUAAAUUCAUGGAAAUACAACAAGCAUAUGAGAUUUUAUCUAAAAUUAAAGCUCGUAGAAAAAGUAAAAAUAAAAAAUUUGCAAAAAGUCAAUAA